UCAAGAUUUAAUCAAGUGACUUUACUGGUCUGUCAGUGUCAUGGAGUUGGAGAUUAUCACGAUAGUUUCCGCGUAGUCUAUACUAUAUAUAUAAGCGUCUAUGUGAGCGCAUAUACAUUUGUUGACUGUUAAAAUCAUAUUUCUGCUGAUUCCGUCGUGAGUCACUUGUUAUGCUGCUGGUCGCUGUGAUGUGAAGUGUGAACAACUGCGUAUGUUCAUUAGUUUAUCAGUUUACAUGAUAUAUUUUCCCCAACAAAAACACCGUGGUUUAUAUUCACUUCUUAUUAACAUUUUUAAUAUUUAGAUGGAUAUUUGUGACGUUUGAGAAACUGAAUAAGUAUUUCUUUAUCGCGGUCGACAGAUACAUAAAAAGCUGAAUGUAAAGAACAAAGGCCUUCUUCCUGAAAAUUUAAGAAUACCAGCUUUGCAAUUUGUUAUGUAGGUUCAAUUAUAUACUAGCUUUGGUGAAAUCUCUAUUUAUAUUGCCUAACAAUCUAUACAUUAGUUUAGAAAGUACUAAAUUAAAACAAUCUAGCAAAAUGGGUAGCGUACAACGUACAAAUUCUUGGAGUGAACCUCCAGAAAGUUCAGAAGAAAAUGAAAAUUCUUUACUGAAUACUACAUCAGGUGCAAAAUCUAGAGAUACACAAGAUGGAUCUUAUGAACAGAAUUCAUGCCAUGCUACAAGAUACAUGGAAGACAAAAUGCGUAGAAGAUUGAGAUUCUUCUUUAUGAAUCCUAUCGAGAAAUGGGAAGCUAAGCGAAGAUUUCCAUACAAGUUUAUAGUGCAAGUCAUAAAAAUAGUUUUGGUUACUGUGCAGCUUUGGUUAUUUGCUCAUAAUAAUUAUAUGCAUGUAAAUUAUACUUGGGAUAAUAGAAUAGCUUUCUCACAUUUAUUUCUCAAAGGCUGGGAUGCUACACAAGAAGUACCAGCUUAUCCACCUGCUACUGGACCAUUAGCUGUGUAUAAAAAAGAUGAUUUUUAUGAUACAAUAGAUUAUGCAUUGCAAGGGUAUUACAAUCUCAGCAAUGCAAUUGGCUCUUAUUCUUAUAAUACUGACAAUAACUCAGCAGGAGCUAUAGAUUUAUGUUUAACUCAUUAUAAAGAAGGGAUAAUAUUUGGAUUCAACGAAAGUUACAUUUUCAAUAACAAUAUAGAAGAAAAUUGCACAAAAAUUUAUCCAGAUAAUGGACAGCUACUGGGGUCAAGAAGAAUUUUGCAAAAUUUCAACAUGCCAAUAAAUUUUUCAGCUUUAAUAAGGGCAGAAUUAAAAUUUGCCCUGAAGACUGUAAAUCUGAAAGCGGCUGGACCAAUAACACCUCCAGACUGUUACAAGUUCAAAAUAAAAAUAAUAUUUAACAAUAAAGACUUUGACGGUCAAAUGUUGUUGUCUCUGGACGCAGAGCCGAUGAGGCUGGUGUGCCAAGGCGACACACAGUAUAUCACCGAUAAUCAAAUAGAAUCGGCGUUGCGCACAAUGCUAAACAUGCUUGUGAUAUUUAUAUGCAGUAUUUCGUUGGGCUUAUGUUCGCGAGCGAUUUGUAGAGCGCAGGUGCUCAAGUACGAGACUGUAAGAUUUUUUAAGAACGUCUACGGCAAAUCUCUUAGUUUAGAAAGCAAACUUGAGUUUCUCAAUCUGUGGUACGUAAUGAUAAUCAUCAACGAUCUGUUGAUUAUAAUGGGCUCAGCGAUCAAACAGCAGAUCGAGAAGAAACAGUACGGUAAGGACCACUGGGAUUUAUGCAGCAUAUUCUUAGGCACGGGCAACCUGCUGGUCUGGUUUGGUGUUCUGCGCUACCUGGGCUUUUUCAAGACCUACAAUGUAGUGAUACUGACGCUGAAAAAGGCCGCCCCCAAAGUGGCACGAUUCCUCAUAUGUGCGAUCCUCAUCUACGCUGGCUUCACUUUCUGUGGUUGGUUGGUUCUCGGGCCGUACCACAUGAAAUUCCGCUCGCUCGCCACCACUUCCGAGUGCCUCUUCGCACUGAUCAACGGCGACGACAUGUUUGCUACUUUCUCCAUCACCUCGUUCGAGUCUCCGACGCUCUGGUGGUACUCGCGCAUCUACCUCUACUCUUUCAUCUCGCUCUACAUCUACGUGGUACUCAGCCUGUUCAUCUCGGUCAUCAUGGACGCCUACGACACCAUUAAAAUGUACUACCGUGACGGCUUUCCCAAGAACGAUCUGCAAUUGUUCGUGUCGGUAUGCACAGACGAGGCCUCAAGCGGUGCCUACCGCGACGAUCCUGACGAAGACGCCGGAUUCUUCGACGAUCUCAUCAGCUGGUUGUGCUGCUGCCUGCAGCGCAAAAAGAACGCCUUCAAUUCCCUCGGCAGCUCUACCAGCACAGUCGGCGACUCCACUCUCGAGUCCACACAGGUAGACAUAAAGAAUGACGCUUCUCGGGAGUUUGCUGGGGUGAGAGCACAAAGAGCAAAAAGACCUACGGGGUCUUAUAGGGGGGGAGGAGAUAAAUGGCUCUCGCACAACGGUGGUGAGUACCCUAAAAGUCUGAGAAAGGUAUAGGGAGAAUAGAACAAAUAGAACUAGAACUAUAUAAAUAUUUGUAAUCGGCGAUCAAUCGCUAAAUGGCAAAUCAUUUUUUCAAAUUGUUCUUAUUUCCUCAAAAUCUUUUUUCGUGUACCAUUGAUACCAUUAUCUUAAGUAAACGAAGAAAUCCACAGUGGAUUGUAAUUUUAAUAAUUUUCCGUGAAAAUGUAAAGUAUUAAGCAAAUUCCUUCCACUCUAUUAGUCAAUUAUUUGGUGGAUAAUGGAAAUUUAUAAAUCUUUAACCUUGUUAUAACUUGUAAAGAGGUUUGAUAGAGUAUUUAUGUGAAUUAAAUGUGGAAAAUAUUUUUUAUUGAAAAGAUACGCUUUUAAUAACUACGCGAUUCUUCUCUUAUAUCUUAUUCCUUUUGAGUCUCUCCCCUUACUCUCUCGUUCAUUCGAUACAAUAAGAGUAAUCGACAGCUAACUACAGUGCGCCCUCUCCUUUUAUUAUGCUCGUACUAAUAAACUUACACCGAAUAAACUUAUGAUAAAGAUGUCUAUAUAUGUAAAUCAUUUUAAUGAUUGCAGAAUUACUAUCCCAGUAAGGAUUAUGGAAAUUUUCUAAUAAAAACUUUUGUAAAAGCGUAGUGAUUAAAACUCAGCAACAAUAAACCAAAAUACAUAUUUUUAUUUGAUGAAAAUGAAAUAGAAAAAAAUAUAUAUAAUCAAUAGUAAAACAUUACCUUAUUAUUUCAUAGUAUGCAAAUAACUUAAUUCACAUUGACUGGUUGUACAAUACUGAACAAUAUAUGUAAUGUAUAAAUGUUGACCCAAUGUUUAAUGUACAUCAUCAAAAUAUGACUCAAACAGCUAUAGACAUGUAAUUUUAAGCUAAUUAAUUUACAUAGAUAUUGUAUAUAAUACUGCUCGAGGCAGUUUCAUUGUUUACAUAAAAAUUAUAAAUUUGAAUUUAAAAUUAAUAAUUAAGACGAUCUUGGAACAUAUGAUAGGAAACUACUCAUAGAUUUCGUUAUUCUUAUUUAUGUGUACUUGAUAUAAAUAUAUAAUGCAGCCCUCUUUCGAAAUUACUUAAAGCAGAGAGUCUACGUCAGAUUAUUUAAAAGAAGUACAUAACCGAAGGAGAAUACCGAAAUCUACGAAAAUGUCUAUAACUACGAAUUCCUAUGUAUGUAUUUUAUAUAGGCUCCUGUGGCUUUGCAGAGAUAUUUUUACAAAACUAUGGUAAGGUGGCCCUACCAUCAACGAAAUUGUAUAAAACUAAAUCUAAUAUUUGCAUAAGUCACGAAAAGACUUGUAAGAUAAUUUACUUAUUAUUUGUAUAACUGUUACAUCACGAAAAAUAAGUGUUCUUCCGCAUUUGUUGAAACUAUGAGUGAAAUGAAUGAUUUAUGAAGUAUCGUUAGGAAAUGAGCAGAGUAAUACGUGAGUCAUACGUGAUUAAAAAACGUACUACAACUCUGAACACUUAUUUGGAAAUAUUUUUGCAGAAAUAAUAUGUCAUUCAUCCGUGAAAAAUUUACCCUCGUCGUAAUGAAGAUUCAUCUGAAAUGUUAUCAAUAAGUAGAUGCAUCAUAAAAUUUUUAUUUGUUAGCUUGUAAAUGCGAAUUAUCAAAUUUAUAUAACGGUCUGUUAUAAUAUCAAUUAAUGAUACUACUGUAACAACUAAAGAAUAAAAUUUUUUAUGUCUAUAUGAGUUGGCCUAAUUUGCGUUGAUGUUAACUCUGACAAGUCAUCCUCUGCUUUACUUAUAUUUGUAUACAAAGACUGUAAAGAGAAUUAGUAAUAAAUUAAACAUGCUAAAAGAACGUGAAAGAAUGACGAUUAGUCAUUAUUCAGUGCAGAA